GCAGGGCGCCGCGGGAGAGGGCGGGUGUGGACGCGAGGGCAAGCCCCCCCACACACACACCCGCCGCCCCAGCACUAAGAGGCAGUGACGGAGACCGCCCCUGGCCAGAGAACCCCGGGGACAGCCAGAGGGGACACGGGGGCAAAGAGACGCCUCCUGGGGCAGAAACCCUGGAGGCAAAUACUCGCGGGAGAGAGUUCACCGCUCCAGACGGAGAGCGCCGCCCAGAGCGGGGCGCGAACAGUCAGUCAGAGGACAACGCCCCCCAGGUCGCCUGGAAGACCCCGGAGCGACCCCGGGGGUGGCGUGGGCCGUGUGCGGGCCAGGGCAACCUCUCUUGGGCUGGGGGCGAUGGAGACACGGGCCCCGCAGGGCCUCCUGCUUCUCCUGCUCUUCCUCCCGCCGCUGCCGCCCCGCGGGGCCUCCGCGGGGAGCCUGCACAGCCCAGGCCUGUCCGAGUGCUUCCAGGUGAAUGGCGCCGACUACCGCGGCCACCAGAACCGCACGGGUCCGCGCGGGGCCGGCCGCCCGUGCCUCUUCUGGGACCAGACGCAGCAGCACAGCUACAGCAGCGCCAGCGACCCCCAGGGCCGGUGGGGGCUGGGCCCGCACAACUUCUGCCGGAACCCCGACGGUGAUGUGCAGCCGUGGUGCUACGUAGCCGAGACAGAGGAGGGCAUCUACUGGCGCUACUGCGACAUCCCCACGUGUCACAUGCCCGGGUACCUGGGCUGCUUCGUGGAUUCGGGGGCACCCCCGGCCCUCAGCGGCCCCAGCGGGACCUCAACGAAGCUCACGGUCCAGGUGUGCCUUCGCUUCUGCCGCAUGAAGGGCUACCAGCUGGCGGGCGUGGAGGCUGGCUACGCCUGCUUCUGUGGCUCUGAGAGCGACCUGGACCGGGGACGCCCGGCCCCAGCUACCGACUGCGACCAGAUUUGCUUCGGCCACCCGGGCCAGCUGUGCGGCGGCGAUGGGCGUCUGGGCAUCUACGAAGUGUCCGUGGGCUCCUGCCAGGGGAACUGGACGGCUCCGCAGGGCGUCAUCUACUCCCCGGACUUCCCGGACGAGUACGGGCCGGACCGGAACUGCAGCUGGGCGCUGAGCCCGCCGGGCGCCGCGCUGGAGCUCACCUUCCGCCUCUUCGAGCUGGCCGACCCGCGCGACCGGCUGGAGCUGCGGGACGCCGCCUCGGGCAGCCUGCUCCGCGCUUUCGACGGCGCCCGCCCGCCGCCGCCCGGGCCCCUGCGCCUGCGCGCCGCCGCGCUGCUGCUCUUCUUCCGCAGCGACGCGCGCGGCCACGCGCAGGGCUUCGCGCUCACCUACCGCGGUGAGAGCCCGCCUCGUCGCCCUGCGCCCGCUGCCCCGCCACCCUGCCUCACACUUCUCUCCGCAGGGCUGCAGGACGCUGCCGACGACCGCGCGCCCCAGGGCUCGGCCCAGACCCCCGCAGCGUCCCCUGACUGGGCCAACGUGAGCUGCAGCCCCCGGCCUGGGGCUCCGGAGGCCGCGACGGGGGCCCGGGUCUUCUCGACAGUGACGGCCGUCUCAGUGCUGCUGCUGCUGCUGCUGCUGUCGCUGCUGCGCCUGCUGCGCCGACGGAGCUGUCUGCUGGCUCCGGGAAAAGGGCCCCCGGCGUUGGGGCCUUCCCGGGGCCCCGGGAGAAGCUGGGCUGUGUGGUACCGCCGGCCUCGAGGGGUGGCCCUGCCCUGUCCCCCUGGGGACCCUCAGGCUGAGGUUCUAGCCGCGAGUUACCGGCCCCUGAGCGCCUCCAGCCAGAGUUCCCUGCGUUCGCUCAUCUCUGCUCUCUGACUCGGGAUCCCUAGGGUCCACUGGACCCUCUGCCAGUGGAAUGGACAUCUCAGACUCCAUGCCGCACUCUACGUUGACCUUCCGCCCCUGUAAAGACAGCUCGGUCUCUGAUCAUCUCCUGGAGGCCAGACAUUGGACAAGAAGCCUCUGGUGCUAUUACUGAGAACUUGGUCUGACCCUCGAAGGUCCAGAUGGUUGAGGCCAAAGGGCAAGAGGAAUCUGGUUCCCCUCCCUCAUAAACCUUAAUACCAGGGUCUCUGACUUCAGGUUGCUUUUAGAACUUCUUGGGGUGGUUCUGGACUGCUGCCCUAAGUGAAAUGUGAGAGGUCAAGAAAAGUAGUCAAAAGGCCAGCCAUAGAUUCUGAAUAAAGGACCUAUUUUAGUACA